AUGGAUUUUCAAUCCAUGUUUGCGAUUUGCGCUAGCAAUCAGGAAGAAUACGAAAGUGACAGUGAGAAUGAAGAAGAUUUGCAAGUUGGUUCAGUAUUUUUAUAUGGAGUUAAGAUAAUUUCUCUUACCAUUGAAAAACAAGAAAGAUUAUGUUUAGCUCAAAUUAGUAAUACUCUACUAAAAGCAUUUAGCUACAAUGAAAUACAUAAUAGAAGAGUAGCAUUAGGAAUAACGUGUAUUCAAUGCACUCCAGCUCAACUAGAAAUUUUAAGACGAGCAGGUGCUAUGCCUGCAUCUUCAAGAAGAUGUGGAAUGAUAACUCGUCGAGAAGCUGAGCGGCUUUGUAAUUCGUUUUUGGCAAAUUCUACACCACCAAGGUUACCCGAAGAUUUUACGUUUAUGGUAUAUCACGAAUGUGCUUGGGGAUGUAAAGGAAUUUUUAUGCCUUCUAGAUAUAAUAGUUCACGAGCCAAGUGCAUAAAAUGUACUAUUUGCGGAAUUUUUUUUUCUCCUAAUAAAUUUAUUUUUCAUUCUCAUAGAAUUGAUAUUAACGAUAAGUACACCGAGCCAGAUGCAGCUAAUUUUAAUUCUUGGCGAAGGCAUAUGAAGCUUUUAGGUAACCCUUCUGAUGAUGUAAUCCAUUCGUGGGAAGAUGUGAAAGCAAUGUUUAAUGGAGGCACCCGAAAAAGAAUAAGUUUGAAUGGUCAAACAAAGUCGAGCUAUGAUUCUUCGCAAAAUAUGAGAGUAUUAGAAAAAAAAAACUACAAACCAGUGACUCACGUACCAAUGACAGGGUUAACAUCCAAGUAUUUUGAAACACAACGUAAAGUCUCUUCUUAUUCAGAUAUUACUUUGAAAUUAACAGGUAGAGGAGUUUUUGAUUACGUUUUAGAUCAGAAUGCAUCUUAUAAUGAAGAAAAUUUUGAAAAAAGUCAUAAGUAUUCUGUAUUUACAUGCUUGCCAUGGAUCACUAAAAGAAACUCUAUACGGCUUAAUUGUUCAACGAAAAGCUUGUGUAGUGGAGAAACUGGAUCUCCACAAAUCGUUUCGGCAUUUAACGAUCAAAUAAAUAAAUCAGCAUUCCAACCAGUAAUUAGCAAUUCGUUUGAUGAGAUGAAAAUACAAACGUCUGUACAAUCUUUAAAAACAUCGGUACCUCUUCAACACAAGGCAGAACCGAUAGUUACGGAUGAUGAGAUUGAUGUUGAAACCAUAGACAUACAAUUGAAAAAAAAACAUUAUUCUUCAGACUAUUUAAGCUCAACAAAGAUCGAACAUGGAGCUUUGGAUUUGUUCCAAAAAUCUCGAAACAUAGGAAAUAAUUUUAUAAAAAUUGACACGACCUAUUUAAAUAAUAUGCACGAGCAUAAAGAAGCCUUUCAUAAUGAGCAUAAGGAAAUAUUUGAAAAUUAUAUCAGACUAAACAACACUUUGAGUGUUGUGUACUAG